AUGGCGGAGCCGGCGGAGGCGAGGGCGCCGGUGCCGCGGCUGCUGGCGGCGCUGGAGGCGGCGGGGUCGAGCCGGGCGGCGCGGCUGGAGGCGCUGGCGGGGCUGCGGGCGGCGCUGGCGGGGCAGGAGGCGGCGGCGGCGGCGGCGGCGGCGGGCGAGGGGCUGCUGCGGCCGCUGGCGCGCUGCAUGGCGGGCGACCCGGCGGAGCGGUGCCGCGAGGAGGCCGUGGAGCUGCUCGGCCUGUGCCUGGCCCGCGCCCCGCCGCCCGGCCGCGCCCUCCCGCUCCUGCUGCCGGCCCUGGCCCGCCGCCUCGGCCCCGACGCCCGCGAGCCCUGCGAGGAGCUCCGCCUCGGCCUCCUGCGCCUCCUCGGCCUCCUGCUGCGCCUCGGCCCCGACGCCGCCCUCGCCCCGCACCUGCCCGACGCCCUCGCCGCCCUCCGCGGCGCCCUCCAGGACCCCUUCCCCCAGGCCCAGCGCCAGGCCUGCGCCCUCGCCGCCCAGCUCGCCGCCGCCCUCCCGGAGCAUUUCCACAUGCAGUCGGAAAGCCUGAUCAGCCCUUUAAUGCAAGCUGUUUCCCACCAGCACUUCCGCGUCCGCUGUUGUCAUCCAUUAAUGGCCGUGAUUCAGUUUGGCAACGCAAAGUCUCUGGACGACGUGCUGUCGCAUUUGGCCCAGCGAUGCUUCGACGAUAUCCCACAGGUCAGAGAAGCCGUGAUCAUCGUCAUGGGGGAGUGGUUGCUGCAUCUUCGAGAUCGAUAUUCCUUCUUUCCCAAGCUGAUUCCUCUGCUCCUCAGCGGCCUUGCAGACGAAAUGCACGAGAACCGGGAACUGGCUCUGAGUUACUGGAAGAAAGUGGGUCUGCAGUGGGAGAAAGAAAACGAAGACGACAUCAAGGAUAAGCUGGACUUUUAUAGCGCACCCUCGUAUUAUCCUCAUGGAGAGGCUCGACCAGGACUCGGCUGCCGGGAGCUGGUGACGAGACACCUCUACAAAAUCCUCCCCGGCCUUUGCCGCGAUAUGACCGAUUGGGUCGUCGGCACCAGAAUCAAAGCCUCCCGGCUCCUCUCCAUCCUGCUGCAGCACGCCGAGGACCACAUCACUCAGCACAUGGAGCUGCUGCUCCGGACUUUGUACCGCGCGUGCUCAGACGAGGAAAUCCUCGUGAGCCGGGAGUGUCUGAAAGCCGCCGAGCUGAUCGGCACGUUCGUCAGCCCCACGGUGUCUCUGAAGCUGAUCUUGUCGGACCUCGAGAAAGCCCCCCAGCCUCCCCACCUGAUGGUUCUCUCUGCCGUGAUCCGCGGCUCCCCGAGAAAAGUCUUGCAGCCUCACUUGGUGCAAGUGGCAGACACCCUCUCCCACCCGCACAUCUCUCAGUGCACUGCAGAGGUCUCUUAUCUGGAGCAGUUACUUGGUUGUGUGGAAGCUCUCCUCGAAACGAGCCAAGAAGACUGCAAAGAAAUCGGCCUGCAGCUGACGAAGAUAUUGGUAACAGUCAUGGCCAUUCCGACUGCUGGACAUCUUCAUGAACAGAUCGAAGAGGCCAUGAAGUCCCUGGCGGAAGUGCAGGGCUUGGCUGGUUUGGGGGGCCUGUACCGACAGCACAUCUCUGAGCUCAUGCAUUGGGUCUCUUCAGCCCCCGACACCUGGACAUGUUACUCUUCCGAGCUGCUGCAGCUGGACGUGAUCGCCACUCAUUCAGGUCCCGCGAUAGGAGAAGCCCUCGAAGAACUCUUCCUCAUUCUUAAAACAUGCCUGCAGACAUCCAAAGACCCCUUGAUGCGUCUGAAGCUGUUCUCUACUUUCUCACAGUUGCUUCAAGAGCCGAACAAGACGAUAAACUCCCAAGGGCAGUUUUGUAACUACCUCGAGAUCAUGAUAAAAGACAUCCUGGCUCCGAACCUUCAGUGGCAAGGGGGAAGAACCGCAGCUGCCAUCCGCACCACAGCCGUGUCCUGCCUCUGGGCUCUGAUUUACAGCGAGCUGCUCUCUCCAGAAGAGACUCUCAACAUCGAGCGAUCGCUGCUGCCAGAGAUCCUGGCCACGCUGGACGAAGAUUCCAAAAUGACCCGCUCGUUCUCCUGCCAAAUAAUCAGCGUUUUUCUGGCUGCCAACGGGAAGCAGUUUGAACCGGACAAGCUCAUCAGCGUUUAUCCCGAACUGCUAAAGCGUUUGGAUGAUGCAUCUCACGAGGUCCGGCUGGAAGCCGCAAAAGCCCUGGUCAACUGGUUCAGGUGUAUUGACGACGACAAGAAAGCCCUGUUGAAAACCAACAUCGAGUUUCUCUACCGUGAGCUUUUAGUGGAACUGGACGACCCCAACCAAAAUAUCCAGUUGGCCGUCUUGGAUAUUUUAAAACAAGGAGGGAUUCUCUAUCCAGACCUUCUGGUGGAAGAAAUCAAAGCUGUCCUACACAAACACCGUUCUCCGACCUACCUAAACCAAUUGCUCCUACACAUUGAAUCUACUGGCUGGAGUUAUUCCAAAUCCUAAACAUUGCCUUUCAGCAACGGACAAGCUUCGUCUUACAUUAGGAAUUUGAGAAUCUUUGCCACAGAAUGGUUGGCCCUUUUAUACUUGGGCUAUUUUAAGAUGUGCCUUUCUUUUCUUUUUUUAAUAGAAGAACAGAAACCCUAACAGGUAGACGUUUCAACUGUUUUUAUAACAGAAGGUCUUUGCAAGAACAAACAAAUUCUCCCUGUGUUCCACAAUAUUUAUUGUUGCCGAUUCUGAAUUAAUAAUAUUUAUGCCGCGAGCCUUUAGUACCCGCUGUUUUAAUCGGUCACCCGGCUGUGGGUCUUACAGGACUCUGCAGCUAGACCUCCAGCACCUCACAGAAUUGAGACCCCUUCUUCCAAAAACAUUCAUAGAUAGCUCAAACAGCAUAGCAAGUGAGGAAGUUUUUUAAAUGCCAAAAAUAGGUUUAUUACAGUUGAUAAUGAACCUCUCAAACAUGAAGUAUUUACACCCCGAGCCUAGAUCGGUUUAUUCAUGAAAAAGAGCAGUGACCAUUGCGAGUUCUUGUUCGUUGUACCUCAGUGCCUUCCAAAACGAACUGUUCUUUGACAGUCGCUCUGUAGCUAAACAUGUUCAAAUUUUAAAUAACCA